AUGUCAUCUUCCGGCGCUCAUCGGCGUGCGGAGUACAAGAGGAUCCACGGCAGUGACAGAUCUGCAAACGCGAAGCGGUAACAAAGCACACACAGUGAUGCCAUGAAUGGUGCGUUGCUCUGGUGGGUGUGAACGGAUUGCUGGAUGGCUGGCUGGAUGGAUGCAGGCGUGGCGAGAGGCUGAGUGACAUUCGCAAGGAGGAGCGCGACAAGCAGCUCGUGUUGCGGCGCCAGGCAGUGUCGCUGGAGACCAACCUGCAGACCGUGCCAUACACUGCAGAGCAGGUACGCCUACAACGGGAUGAAUUGCGUGGCGCACAUCGGUGUCUGACAUGCAUCGGAGCUGCUGCCUGGGUGCGGUGCAGGUGCGUUCCGCAGUCGAGGCCGUCACAACCUCACCAUCGACUGACCAUGUUGGCCCUGACAGCCCUCUCUCGUUGGCGUGUCGGCAGCUCCUCACGGUCCUACAGACAUCAGAGGACGCAAGAAGAGGUAGGUGAGCUGAACAAACAGGUGCCUUGCUCGCGAUGCCGUAUGUCUGUCUGAAUGCCUCCGUCUGCAUUGCAUUCCCUUGCUCACUUUGAUCCAGCUGCUGCCCAGUAUGGUGCAAUCGAGGCUGUGCGGCAAGUCUUGGUGUCCGGCGAGAGGCUCUUCGCGUCGGCACAGACGAGGGACCAGGCUGCGGCUAUCCUGAUGGACGCCGUGGGGUGCGGAGUGCUGUUGGUGGUCGACUGUGCAGAGAACCACAUGGAACAGGUGGGCGGGCCAGGAGGGAGGCAGGGAGGCAGGAAAGUCGCAUGUUGUACGCUGUGUGGCACACGCUGUGCUGUGUGUUGGUUGUGUGUGUCAGCUUGUCUCUCUGGUGCCUGCUGUGACAGCAAUUGUUGCCGCGCUCGACGAUGCACAAACGCAGCUCACGAGAAACGUAUGAUAUCCAUCAAAUUCGUAUAUGCUUCGGUCCUCCCAUUCUCUCUCUCUCUGUCAGUGUCUGGAGCUGCUUCAUUGUGUGGCGAUUCACCAUUCGCGUGAGGUGCUGCAGCACAAAGGGAUGGAGCUGGCCGUGGCGGCCGCCAAGAAGCAAGACCCACAUGUGGUCGGUGUUGCGGUGGCUCUCUUGGCCAGCCUGCUGCACGGUGAGUGAGCAGUGAAUAAGUGGGAGGAAAUGCAUGACCACAAACCUUCAUGUGAUGGCAGUUCGCGAUCCAAGCGUGUCGCUGCGGUUCUGGGAUGAGCUGAACGGGGGCCAAAUCGCGGAAGCAAUCAUCAGGGUGAGCUGGCCACGUCAGACACCACACACCCGCUCGUAUGCCUACGUGCGUGUGUGUUUGUGUCCAUUUCGCCAGUCUGGGAGUGCCUCUCAGUCUGUGGGUGGCGAUGGCGGCGGUGCGUGUGUGUCGAGCGCUUACGGCCUUCCCUAUGGCGAUGUGCGUCGAACGGUGCUCGAGGACACUUUGUGGGCCAUGCGCUUCUGCGCCGAGUCCUCAUUGCAGUAGGGCGGCGCGAAAGGAAGCAGAGAGACACUUUCACCUUCCCUUGUUGCUCUCCCGUCAGUUGCUGUGGCCGCGUCAUGAUGUCGGAAGCCCUGCCAGUCAUCACCACGUAAGGAUGAGCAACAAGAGAUAUCUCGAGUUGCGCGAAUGUCUCUCGGUUCUCUGGUCAGGAUGCUCGGCCAGUGGCCGAGUGCUCCUGCAUUUGUCCGUCCCCCGUCCCCCACCCAGUCUGAUGUGGCCCCGGCAGCCGACCCACUGGUGGCCGGCACAGCCGGUGGCACCGAUCUCAUACUGCCGUUCUUGCGGAUCCUGAGUGCGCUGCACACACACACAUAGUCAGAAACACCCACCCAUUUGUCAUGCAUGCAUCUUGCCUGGUUCGGCUCAGGCACAGCGACGGCCGGUCUUGUGGAGCUGUGGGACGGCAUAAGGCCAGCGAGGCCACCAGACGACGGCGUGCAGCAAAUGGGGCAGCCGUCGCUGCCUCCUGACCUCAAUGUGGACGCCCUUGCGUCGCUUGAGCCGUCGCAGCAACUGGCUGUGCAACGGUGGACCGAACAGAUGGUGGAUCGGGUGUGCGCCCUCCCGAAUGCUCUCGCACUUCUACAGAGCCUCCUCAGCCAUCCACACAGGCGAGAAGACGAAUAGACAUCACAUCACAUAGCCUUUUCUUUGUGUCUGAUGUUCGUGUCGGUGUGUGCGUGUGAGCAGGGGUGUGGUGAGCAACACGAUCUUCCUCAUCGGCAGCAUCGCCUGUGGGUCGGUGCAGCACCUUCGAUGGGCGGCCCAUUGCCUGCCCGCCAUAUUGGAGCUGCUCCACCGAGGCGCAUCGUUCGACAUCAAGAGGGCAAGGCUGUCUGAGACAAUAUAACACACAGACAGACAGACACACAGACAGAUAGACCGAAGGAUUGAUAUGUGUGUGUGUGUAUGUGUGUGGUGUAUGUGCAGGAUGCCGUGUUUGCGCUCCAUCGUCUGGUGGUGAGUCAUGACGGUCUGCUGCACAAGGACACGAUGGAGACUCACCCGGCGCUCAUCGACGAGCUGCUGGACGUCUUCAACACAUGCCGCUUCGAUGCACACACUCUCCAGUACGCAACCAGCGAGGGACGGCAGCUCACUGCGGCAAGAGGCGACUCUUGUGCGUCUUGCCUGCCUGCCUGUCUCUCUGUCUCUGUGUGUGAGUCAGCUGUGCGAUGUCUUUCCUGGAGGAUCUGCUGCAGCUGUGUCCGCGACUGAAGCGGACGCUCAUGCAGAAGAACGUCAUUGAGGCAACCAAGCAAAGAAGCAGCCGUCACUGAUGCCCACUCACUGUGUCAGGCACCUGUGUGUUGCUCUACAGGUUCUGGAGCAGGUUGAGACGCACGAGGACGAAUCACUGCACCGGCACUGCCAGAGAAUCACAGACAAGUGAGUGAGCAGUCACCAGCCAAUGAGUGAGUGAGUGAUGGCAUCGGUUGUGUGAGUGGCUUGUCGCGUUGGUUGUGAUGCAUGUGGUUAGGUACUUCUGGGACGAGGAGGAGGAUGACGAUGACGCCGAGCAGCAUAUGGAGGAAGAACACCGCCUUCAACAACAGGUGCGUAUGGAUGGAUGCGAUGCAUGGAUGUGUCCAUCGUCGGUAUGGUGUUGUAUCUAUUGUGUAUUGUGUCGGUCAAGAUGAGAGCGCCCGCUGCGCAGUUCGACUUCAGCUGACGACUGCACGCGUGGUCUUGAUGGACCUCUUCAUGAUGGACGGACACGAUUCGACCGAUUCAU